CCCAUCUGUAGGUCAGACAAUGACUCCUGGAGAUGAAUUGCGAACAAUCCCGCACGAAUCCACUCCCUGUCAUAAUGAGUCUUUACUUCAUGUCCUGAAUCAACGGGACAUGGACAAGGUAGAAGUCCGGCAGUCCCUACUGCUACCGUCAGCCAAAAACACCAAGGCAUGGCACACAAUAAACGCUCAGUUGAAGAUCCAUCUCACUCAACAUUUCCCAACCUCAUACCUCAAAAACACUAACAUCGAAGAGACUCUGGACAAACUAGAGAACUUCAUUCACUGGUUUUUCGACCAGAAACCACCACCACCUCCACCAAAACACAAGAAUGCAAAUAAAAACCGUGCAGUGGAAAAACUCCGGGCUCACAGGCGUGAUUUAAAGCGCCAAUUUCGUAAGAUCAAAAACCCGGACGAAGUACCUGCAGCGCUCAGAAAUGAGUAUUUUUCAAUUGGAAAACAAAUCAAGCGUCUUUUGAAACAACAAAAGAUGUACGACGAUCGAUCCCGGAACAAGAGGGACCAGGAUGCCUUUCUCAAGGACCCAUAUGCCUUCGGAAAGAAAUUGUUUCAACCAACCAACCAUGUCAAACCCACUUUCUCUGACACUACCUGCUUUGAGUACUUCCAACACACAUAUGCAGACCAGGAUCGUGCCACUUCGUACGAAUCCUGCCCCAGUGCAGGGAAGCCCCGGGAUUGCACCCACCCAGUCGAUGAGGGGACCCCUACAUGGACUGAAUUUCAGAAUGUUUUGAAGAAGUGUCGCAACACCUCUGCACCGGGUCCUGACAAGAUACCUUACAUAGUUUGGAAGCUUUGUCCCUCCCUUCAAUCCAUUCUUUUCACCAUCUUUGGGCGGGUUUGGGAGAGCAAGAUCAUUCCAAGGCAGUGGCAGGUAGCGUGUAUCACACUCCUGGCCAAGGGGGAGGUGUCUGAUGAUCCUUCGAAAUUCCGACCGAUUGCUCUAGCGAACACGUCCGGGAAGAUCUUUUUCACCUUAGUUGCAAAGCGCCUCUUGAAACAUAUGCUAGGCAAUAAGUUCUUCGAUGGUGACAACCAGAAAGGAUUUAUGCCUGCAAAGGCUGGGUGCUUAGAGCAUACAUCACUUUGUUAUGAGGCGAUGCGUGAUGCAAAGACGGCAAAACGCCAAAUUUGCAUUGCGUGGAUAGAUUUGAAGAAUGCAUUUGGUUCAGUGCGCCACAAUCUGAUACAGUAUGCUCUAACCCACUACAGCCUUCCUUUGCAAUUCAGGAAAUUAAUUUUUUCCUACUACGACAGUCUUUGCGCUUUCGUCGUACAACCACACACACCCACCUUUAAUUACAACAUUGGUGUUUUCCAGGGGUGCCCCUUGUCCCCGGUCCUUUUCAAUAUUUGUUUCCAGCUUCUGCUGGACUCACUUGCAGCCCCUGAAUUAAGUUGCCUCUCCUAUGAUUUUAAAUCUGCCCCUUUGCAAGUGUCCCAAACAGCUUUUGCUGAUGACUUAGGCCUCUAUAGCAAAUCUAGUGCAGGUUGUCAAAAACUCAUUGCGGUCACGGAGGACUUUCUCUCGUGGACCCAAUGUAUGCAGGCGGCGCCGCACAAAUGCAAAAGCAGUGCAGCAAAGCUUGUAGAUGGCCGGUACAAACCUUACGAUCCCUGCCUGACAAUGUCAGGGAGGAAGAUCGCUUUCAUUGACACUGCAGAGUUCAAGUUCCUGGGGCGAAGGCUGCAUGCUGAUUGCUCUGAGCAGACCCAGCGGGAAGACAUCCGUCAACUCACUGUAUCUCUCAUGCAAAAAGUAGAUGGCUCUUGGCUUCAAGACCACCACAAGCUAUGGCUUUACCACCAUCUUGUAGUGCCCAAGCUUUCUUGGUCUUUCCAGGUUCUUGAACUCACACAAGGUUUUGUACGUGAACUGCACUUUAUGUGUUUACCAUUUCUGAAGAAAUGGUCAGGCCUACCUCGAUGCGCAAACUCUGCCAUUCUUUUUAUUGGCAGUCGCAAACGCUUUGGCUUACGCCUCCACUACCUUCCUACGGUGUGGAAAAAGUGCCAGUCCAUCAAAUGGCACAUUCUUCGAUCGAGUGGGGACGCGCGCAUGAGGGCGCUGUACACUCUGCGUCGGAGUAAGGAUGCGAAGCUGACAAAGCGAUAUGCGGCGACAAUAGAGCUGGAGUGUGCAGAGGCAUCAGUAGGUUCAGGGACUCUCCGUCCACCGUCAUCUUCAAGUCAUCGUGCAGGGUUGGGUGCUCCUGCUCCGAAGCAGCAUUCCAAACCCCCGAGGAAGGAUCUCCUUCAAACAUUUGAGGAGAUCAACGCGCAGGAGCAGAUUUUGAGGCUGAAGACUCUUCAGGUGCAAGGCAAGUGGUUGGAGUGGACAUCGGUGAUGUGGCAGGACCUCUCGUGGAAAUCCCUUUUGUACGGUGGUACUGGUAAGGAUUUGAAAUUUCUUCUCGCAUCAACCCUCGACGUGCUACCUUCUCCGACGAACCUACGCCGUUGGGGAAACACCGUAGUGGAUCCGUACUGUAGUUUGUGCCGUACCUGGGCCUGUACUACGCGCCACGUGCUUGGCGCUUGUCGCGUAGCGCUGGACCAGGGACGUUACACCUGGAGGCACGACAACGUACUCGGGGUCAUCGUCAGGAACAUGCGUGAGGAGAUUCGAAUCCGCACUGCUGCAAACACCGUACAAACCGAAAAUUCAAAUGAGCUUGACUUCAUCUCGUUUUGCAAGGCGGGAGAGAAGCCAGUUCGCGUUCAGCCCAGACGAAAGUUGGUUACGACUGAUCUCCUGUCAGCGGCCUCAGACUGGAAACUUCUUGUCGACUCAGUUAGUGCAAAGAUUUCUUUCCCUAGCUGUGUUGCACUUACCACCCUAAGACCAGAUAUGGUUCUGUACUCUACGAGUCGUAGGAUUGUAUUCUGGAUGGAGUUGACAGUUUGUGCUGAGGACAGAUUCAGUGUCAGUAACUCGCGGAAGGACAGGCGGUAUGCGGAUCUGGCCGAUCAAUGCCGAGCAAACGGGUGGCAGGUCGUUUCUUUUUCGGUUGAGUAAGACGUCUCUGCGAAGCAGCUACAUCAUCUGGUUGCGGCGUCAACAAAAACACUGGUCGGAAGAUCCACUUUUCUGAGGUACUGUAUGUGGGGCUCCGUUUAUUGAGGUGCGUUGAAAUUUAUUCUCUUUAUCUUAUUAUUUCUUUUCUAUAAUUUCCCCAUAUGAGUUCCUAUCAGUUGCUGUGAACACCUUGAGUGGAGAGCGCUUGCUCGAGCGUUGAACCGGGUUCUUAAUCCACCAUACCCAGUUCGCAAGGCUGGGCGGGGUUGUGAGCAGGCUUUCAUUUCAUCUUUUCUUAUUAUUUCUUAUUAUUUCUGCUUUUCAUCUCAUUACAAAAAUUCUGCGCUUUUUCUCCAUCUGCGCAUAAAAUCUAGACUGACAACCUGCUUGUUAAAUCAUGCACCUGCUUUCAGGCGUAAAAACCCUGUUGUAGAGGUCUCAGUCCUCAUUUGUUAGACUUACCUGUCUUUAUAAAUGUAACUUACUCUCUCUCUCUCUCUCUCUCUCUCUCUCUCUCUCUCUCUCUCUCUCUCUCUCUCUCUCUCUCUCUCUCUCUCUCUCUCUCUCUCUCUCUCGCUCUCUCUCUCUCUCUCUCUCUAUCUGUCUCUCUCUCUCUCUUUCUCUCUCUCUCUCUCUCUCUCUCUCUAUCUAUCUAUCUAUCUCUCUCUCUCUCUCUCUCUAUUUCUCUCUCGCUCUCUCUUUUCUCUUUCUCAAACAUAAUUGCCAACGCUCCCAUGCACCCGCCUGCACGUACGACGUACUCAUGCACACAUACACACAUUCACAAACAAUUGACACAUUGGGUUGGGGGUUGCCUGACUUCUUUUAGAAAAAAGGAUGUUAAAAGAAUAUGCUCAAUGCUUUCAGUAAUUUAUAUAAUAGUAUGUGAUGAUAAAGAAAGUAAAUUAUCGUUUCUGUUCCAAAAGUGAACUCACGACGGGCGCUAACACCCAGGAUACCCUAGCGGCAGAUGCAGCGCCUGGCAUUGGGGGUGAGGGGAUACGUCUCACAACUACUGGCACGAAUGCCGAGGAACCCCGUUAGCCGCAGCUAUGAUAUGUCAUGAUUGACCGGUUCCAAAGAAGCAAGAGACAAUAGCUGUGCCAAAUCAUCACAUCUGAUCGUCAGCAACUCACACUGCCCACUGGGGGCAGGCGCACAAAUGGCCGACCAUGGGCCGAUGACAUGAGCGGCCACCGAGGCCAACAGCCAGCCCACUGAGGGCUAAAUGAUCCUGCCCACCGUGGGUCGCUAGCAUACUGCCCGCCAAUUGGCCGACGCGGCCAGAAACCUGCUCGCCGAGGGUGCAUGAAUGGCUGCCGAGGCUAACAACUUACCCAUCGAGUGUUUUAAAAGCAUACAGCCCAAUCGAGGGCGCACGAAUGGCCGCGGAGACCAGCAACCUGCCUACCGAAGCCUAACGCAAACAGCCCAACCGAGGGUGCACGAAUGGCCGCCCACGCCAGAGACCUGCCUACCGAAGGCUGAAGCCUACAGCCCAACCAAGGGUGCACGAAUAAGCACACAGCCCCUACGAGGGUGCACGAAAGGCCGUUGAGGCCAAUAACCUGCCCCCCCCCCCCCCCCCCAGCCCAGGGUUAAAGCAAACUUCCGGCAAGGGGUAAAUCGUAGUGCCCAACGAGGGCUAGAGCAUACUGUCCACCGAGGGCUAGAGCAUACUGCCCACCGUGGGUCACUGAUGAUCAUAUACUACCGACUGAGGGCUGAGUCGUACUGCCUAUUGAGCCAGCAAACAGCCACCGAGGCUGAGAACCUACCUGCCAAGGGAUAAAGCAUACUGCCCAGUGGGGGCGAACGAACGACCAACAAGGCCAAGAGGCCAAUUGAGUCAUAUUUCCACGAUUCCUUUUCAAUUUCUCUCUCCUCUCACGGGGAGACUGACAUGACCAUUUUAGGCAUGUGUUAGUGCAUGCGUUCUGUCAGGUGUGCGUGUGUUUGUUGUGGGAAGAGCCACAUUGCUUGUACUCAUUGCCACCUACCAUUCAGUUUGUUGUAAGAACUGGAAUGUCCUAUUAAUAGUAUUGCCUCUCUGAAAGGACUCGACAUGCUUUGAGAGUUGUCAAUGUGUGUGUGUUUGUGUGUGUGUGUGCGUGCGUGCGUGCGUGUGUGCGCGCGUGCGUGUGUGCGUGUCUGCAUGCAUGCAUGUGUACGUGUGUAUGCACCCUCUCUGUUGUACAUUCUCCAGGGCGA